AUGGAGGAGCUGAGCAGCGUGGGAGAGCAGGUCUUCGCCGCCGAGUGCAUCCUUAGCAAGCGGCUCCGCAAGGGCAAGCUGGAGUACCUGGUCAAGUGGCGAGGCUGGUCCUCCAAGCACAACAGCUGGGAGCCCGAAGAGAACAUCCUGGAUCCCCGGCUGCUCCUGGCUUUCCAAAAGAAGGAACAUGAAAAAGAAGUACAGAAUCGGAAGAGGGGCAAGCGGCCCCGGGGCAGGCCCAGGAAACACGUGGAACCAGAGAUGCCUGCGAAAACUAAGUCAAGUAGCUCCUCUUCCUCCACAUCCUCCUCUUCUUCCUCCUCUGAUGAAGAGGAUGAAAGUGACCUGGAAGCAAAGAGAGGUCCCCGCAGCAGAGAGACGCACCCAGUGCCACAGAAGAAAGCUCAGAUCCUGGUGGCGAAGCCUGACAUGAAAGAUGCUUCCAGGAAGAAGCGUGGGCGGAAACCUCUUCCCCCGGAGCAGAAAGCAGCUCGAAGGACUGUGAACCUGCCAAAGGUGCUGAAAACAUCCCGGAAGGAGGUGGGGGGCAGUGCCAAGCUGGUGGGGAAGCUGCAGCCCCAGCACAGCACACAGGGCUCAGGCAUGGCCGUGCUGAAGGACCCAGCAGGUGCCUUGGCUGGGCUCAGCUCAGGAGGAUCAUCAGCAGAAAACCUGCCCAACAUGAUGAAGAGCGGCUCGACAAGCCCCAGCCAGGCCAUCAGCUGGCAGAGCUCCAUCGUGCACUACAUGAACAGGAUGUCCCAAAGCCAGACGGCAGCUGAGAGCUCAGCGCUGGGCAGGCUGGCACUGAAGGCACAGGCAGCCAGUAAGAGCAGCUUAGGGCUGGACUUGAAAAUGAGGAGCCAGAAAGGCUCUGGGGAGCUGGGGCUCAACGUGCAGGGACCCAAGACUGCAAAGGCUCCCGGCAGUGGUGCCGGAGGAGACCAGAAAUCAGGGUUUGCUGUAGGAGGCCAAAUGCUGCCCAACGGCAGCAAGACACCAGCGAGCUCAUCUGGGGCCGGCCUCCAGCCAGCCUCCAGCCAGGAGCUGAACCUGCAGGCUCUGAACCUGCAGAGCGUCAAAAACGGGCCGAGCGCGGCCGGCGGGAGCACUCCCCGGCACCUCUGCGGAGCCCUGGCCAAGGGCUGUGGCGGCGGCGCGGCCAGCGUGGGUGCCAGCGGUGCCAAGGGCGGGGUGGCGGGCGCCAGGCUGGCCGCUGCCGGUGCGCUCGCGGGCGGGGACGGCACCAAGAGCAAGAAGCAGACGCACCGAGCGGGUGACAGGGACUCGGCCAAAGGCGGCACGGCCGGCGCACAGGAGGGACACGCGACCACGGAGAACCGCAAGCCGUCUGCCCUGUCCGAAGUGAGCACGGGCGAGGACACCAGCUCAGAUUCAGACCGGGACUCGACUUCCUUCCCGGGUGUGGGUCAGAACAUGUCUGUCUCCAUCCAGACCAGCCAGGACUGGAAACCCACCCGCAGCCUGAUCGAGCACGUCUUUGUCACCGAUGUCACUGCUAACCUGAUCACAGUGACGGUCAAGGAGUCUCCCACCAGCGUCGGGUUUUUCAACCUAAGGCAAUACUGA